CGGAAAUACAAAGCUUUUAUCUCUUUUGUCUCUUCACCUGACUUGAGAGAGAUAGAUAUAUCUGAAUUUUAUUUUACUUUAUUAUUUUUUCAAAAAAAAAAAAAAAAAACGAAGAAGCGAAGCAGCAAAGAGAAAAGUUGUAACAGUAGCAGCAGCAGCAGCAGCAGCACUGAUAGUGGGAGAAAAAGUGGAAGAAGAAGAAAGAAGAAGAGCCAAUUAGGGCACCGUCUGCAAGUUUCACCCUCAAAAGAUUCUUUUAGCAUUUUUCGCUUUUGUUCGGAGUUCGGUGUAAUAUUUCGCUCUAAUUCGUGCGAGUUCAUGGACGCUUCUUGGGUUUUUCAUGACCAAAAAGUUCUGUCGUUGAGCCUGUAAGUAGUGAGUUUGUUGCGGGUUCCGGAAUCUUGAUACUAAAUUUCAGAUUUCUUCCCCAGCGGCAUGAGUUGCAACAUUUGAAAAGUGUUAUGGUUUGGUAGUAGAGUUUCGGGAGUUCCUACCCAAAUGGCAGCUGAGUCGAACACCGGGUUUCACCUCCAGCAAACUUUUGGUUCUGUAAUGAAUCGGCACGCUAUAUCGUUUCAGUCCGGAGCAUUCAACAGCUCGACCGAGUUGAUGCCGCUGGGUAAUUACUAUGGGAUGAACAGCACCGCAGACCUGCUGUUUUUUGGGAAUUCUUCCAACAUCAUUAACAACAGUCCCGUGAUAUGUCAGCCUGGGAACCCAUCUGCUUCUUCUCUUGUUCAUGAUUCUGUUCCCGGGCUCAAGCACGACACUGAGUUGGCCGUGGAGUGGUCGGUCGAGGAACAGUACAAAUUGAAGGAAGGCCUUGACAAAUUUGUUGAUGAACCAAGUAUUAUGAAGUAUAUCAAGAUUGCGGCAACAUUGCAUAAUAAAACUGUUCGUGAUGUUGCUUUGAGGUGUAGGUGGCUGACGAGAAAGCGAAGAAAAUCUGAGGAACAUAACGUGGGAAAGAAGGUGAACAAUCGUAAGGAUAAGCUGGUGGAGUCGUCCUCGAAAACCAAUAUACAUUCAGCUCCGCCACUGAACGUAGCUGCAAAUUCUCUCAUGAUGCGCAAUAUGGAUCAGAAUGAGAUCAUGGCUUAUGGAGUCUCUGGAAUAGGUGGCCGAACAAAGCAUCUCUUGGAACAGAAUGCUCAAGCGUUUAACAAAAUCACAGCUAAUCUUUCUAUAUCCAAGGUGGAGGAAAACAUCAAUCUCUUCUGCUGUACGAGAAACAACAUUGCUGCCAUCCUAAACGACAUGAAACAAAUGCCUGGCAUAAUGAGCCGCAUGCCACCGCUGCCUGAACCCAUAAAUGAGGAUCUUGCAAAUAGUAUUUUGCAUUAUACAACUUAGGUAAGCCUGCACUUGAGUUACCUCAAUAUACUUUAUUGUUGUGUUCUCUUAUAGAGAGAGAGAGUUCCAUUUAUUUGGGUGGGAGCAUUGUCUUUUCUCUUUGCUGAAUGCUUCUCUUAGGAAGUCUUAUCCGAUAUUUGACCUCAAUCUGUUUGUAUUGUGAGGAGAUUAUCUUUAUCAUCAAGCUUUUAAAAACAACUGACUGUUCGACUUUUACCAAUUCAAUGACCUCAAAUGGAAUGCCUUAAAGUGUCUGAGCUCAGCAGUAUACAAGUUCUUUUUCUUUACCGGGAAGCCAAGUUGUAUACAUGCACUUAGGAGCCUUGCUUAUUCGAGAACACUACGAACUGCCUCGUCAAUUUUUCGGCUUCGACCUCCCCCGAUGUAUCGUGUUUCCUCUGCAGGCAGAUGUAUAAAUAAAAUUAUUUUGUGGAAACAAAUACCGAUAUAUGUAUAGAUUGAGAUGCCACUUUUCAUUAUUUUCAACUGUUAAUUUUCAUUUGUCAUUCACGUUGUGGACUUAAAAGAGUUUUUAA